AUGAUAGUAGAUCCCUAACUUCGAGUUAGCAACAAAACCAUUUCGUUUCAACCUACAACUAGAACUUACAUCAAAGACUAGCCGAUACUAGGUUACACGGAUAUAGUUAAUGAAGAGAACUAGGUCUACCCAUUUGUGAAUAAAGAGGAGAAAGUGCCUAUUAUUGACAACCAUAUUAAUAUGAUUCCCUUGCCACGAACUCACACUAUGCCUCACUAUUUCGGGUGUCCUUGUAAUCACUGUAGAGCCCUGCUAAAUGUCAGGUAGUUAUAUGAAGAGACAAAACUUGAAAAUGAAAAAGCAUUUAUGCAGAUCAAGGCGCACAAUUUUUAGCAGAAGAAACUCUAGUUACAAAAUGAAGUGAAGGAUCUGCUUGAGUUUAAAAAUAAAAUGGAGAGAAUGACAGAGACUUAAAAGAAAAAGCAUAAAAAACGCAGAAAGAUGUUCGAUGAAAGAGACUACAACUUAAUGUUUCAACUAUAAUAGUCGUAGAAAGAUCUUAAUGAGUUAGUAAUUGGAAAGAAAAAUUAGUAAACUGAAAAAUUUCUGACUGAUAACGAGUUGUUAAAUGGUAGACUUAAUGCGCUUGAAUCAAAUCAAUUAAAUAAUCAGUGGAAAGACCAUUACUAGAAGAUUGACAAGAUUCAUGAAAAAAGAACUUAAGGACUUGAAAACUAUGUUAAAAACUAAGCAGAUUAACAUCGAUAAUGGCUUUAAAAGUACAAUGAUUGGUACUAAACUGUAAUAGAUAAUUAGCAAGAACAGCAAUAGCAGAUGCAUGAGAUGCUGAGUAAAGCCUAUAACUGGAACCCCUACACCUAAUCUUACAAUUAGCCAUAGCAAUAGUAUUAGCCCUAAGAGCAUGAUUUCAGUCGAGAUUCAUAAGAAAAUACUGACAGAAAUCAUGUUCCGAAUAUGAGAUAAUCUGCAGGUGGUGGUGCCUAGAAUUUGCCUGAAAGCUAUGAAAAAAUCUCUCCUUACUUCAAUCCCUUUUGGAAUCCCACAGUCCCAAUGCCUUACCCUGUACAAUCGCCGAAAAAAGAAACCUUUCCACCAGUAAUUGACAAAGAUAACUAUAGAUCCUAACCAACAAGGUAAAGCUAGCCAGUUGGAUUCUUGAAUGCCGUAAAAGGCAGCAAUAGCAAGGAUAUCCCUCCUCAUCCCAAGUACUCUACAUAUUGGAAAGUCCUGAAUGAGGAUAAUUCUCUGCGAGAAAAAGCCUAUGAUUUUGAUGAAAGACUAAAUUACUUCUUACCCCCAUUAAGAGAUGAAGGAAAGAAUACAAAGUAUAUUUAUCCAACUGUCCUCUCUAAUGAUGCAUUGCUAACUGCUAAAGGAGUUGUUCCUCGAAUAUGA